AUGGAGGAUAAUUUGAUUAAUCUACCGGAGGAUUGGGAGGGAGCUCCUAUUUAUUAUAAUGACGUUUUUCUUGCUGUUGUGGGGAAAGGGGGUAGCGGCAAGAGUUCAGUAGCAAACAGCAUUCUUGGAAAGCCAGCCUUCAUUUCUAAUGCUACUAUGCAAAUGACAACUCGUGCUUCUAAAAUGAAAAGCGCUACUUUGAAGGACGGGCGUCAUGUGCAUGUUAUUGACACUCCUGGAUUAGUUGGUUUGUCAGCUGGUUCUGAGUUCGCUGAUAGAGAGAUAAUGAAGUGCAUAGAUCUGGCCAAGGAUGGUCUCAAUGCUGUACUCAUGGUAUUCGCUAUGCAUAAUCGCUUUACAGAUGAGGACGAGGAUGCUAUCCGAUAUAUAAAAACCUUCUUUGGUGAUAGGAUUGUUGACUAUUUGAUUAUAGUUCUUACUGGCGGGGAUGUACAUGAAAAUACGAAGCAAACUUUGAGUGAGUGGAUUAAUAAAGUUUGUCCAGAGCCGCUAAAGGAAGUAGCAUUGUGCCGACAACAAAAGCAAAAGGAGAACAAAGAUUAUCCGGAAAGCUCGACGAAGCAUUUAUCUAAACGGAAGGAAAAACUUGAUAGCUCAUAUGAUGAUGAGUUCAAAGACAUAUCAGAAGAGGUACAUUGUGAUUUGUAUGAAAAAUUAGAAAAGCUUGAGACGAAUUUGAGGCAAGAGAAAGCUUCAAGACGAAAAUUAGAAGAGGAUGGAAGAAAGUCAAUACAAGAAUUGCAAAAGGCUAUGGAAAUAUCCGAUGAGAAGAUUCGAAAGCUCAAAGCAGAGCUAGAGUCGAAAUGUGAGUGUGUGAUACUAUGA